CACCAGUAGAAAAAAAACAAUAAAUAAAUAAUUUAUUUUCAAAAAGGAGUGUCGGUAAUGGAGAGCGAGGGCUCCGCCGCCACCGCCACCGCGCGCGCCGGCGCCGGCGCCGCGGCCCGAGUCAGAGCGGCGGCGCCGCCGCGCUCCGCCGCCUCCUCCACGGCGGUGGCGGAGGGCGCCGCCAAGUUCCUCGUAGGCCUCCCCUCCCGCGGCAACUUCUCCUCCACCAUCCCCUCCUCCAACCUCGGUGGGAUUCGAGUGUAUGUUUGCGAGCAUGAUACUGAUCCCCCAGAGGGACAAAUAGUUAAAACAGACACCACAAACAUACUGAUUAGAUCUCUUCAAAUCAGUAAACAGAAGAGUGAGGCAAAUGAUGCUAAAGCAGCAGAAAGAGGGAAAGGGAAGAGAUCUGGUGCAAGAAAUUCAGAUGGACGGAGUCCAGCUAAACGAGCCAAUACUGGUGCUGCUGUUGCUUCUUCGCGUCAAGGGGGGUUUUCAGAGCAGACACUUCAGUCUAUGACCGUGGAGCGGCUGCGCGCUCUUCUGAAGGAGAAAGGCCUCUCAACAAGAGGAAAAAAGGACGAACUGAUCACCCGCUUGAUGAACGAAGGAGCUUAAUCGGAGAAACCGAUAGAUGCCCGAGAAGUCACUGCAUCUGCUGAUACUUUUUGAAGCUGAUCUCAGUUUCAUAUGUUCAAAGCUUAACUCCAUGAAUUUUAGAACUUCUGUUGUCCUCGGCAUCCUUCUUGGGGCAACCUAAGUUAUAUAGUGACCUUGGUGGUAUUAGAUAUUGGUGGUUAAUGAGGGCUCUAGUUGUCUCUUUUGGGUGUUUUUAUGAGAUUAAUUCAUGAACGAAGUAGCAUACAAUAACCAAUGGAGCCUUAAUCUGAUCAUAUUGCUUGGGCGCAUUCUCGACUGCUUCAUGGAAUAGCUUCUACAUUGAGAGGCUUGGUAAACAAAUAAUCUAGAGCUUUUGCUACAGUGGUAAACUGAAAUGUACUCGUUGCGCCUUUCUAUUGCAUUGGAAAUUUGCUCUUAUAAGAAACUUGGUAAACAGAUGAUAGAGCUUUUGCUGUGGUGGAAAGCCGAAAUGUGCUCAUUGCAUCUUCAUAUGCAGUGGAAAUAUGCUUCUAUAAGGAGGAGAAGCUUGGUUAACAAAUAAUCUAGAGCUUUUGCUACGAAGGAAAGUUGAAAUGUGCUCAUUGCGCCUUUCUAUUGCAGUGGAAAUCUAAUUGAUGGAUUUUGACAGUUUAAGUUUGUAAAUGCUUGUCUUGCAGAACUCUGUUCAGUGAGAAAAAGCGCUUCUGCAGAAGCUCUAGCUGGGCAGUGGAGAUCUCUCUUUCUCCUUAUUUGCAAGCAUUUUGUGUUUUGUGGCCGCAGGUGACUUGUGGGCGAGUCGGUGAGUCUCGGGACACUUCGUGAGUACCGGUGCGAUUUUCGGGACUUCCGACGAGUUAGGGUAAUCGGUUUUAGGAAAUCGAUCUCCGUGGGUUUAUUUUUGGGGUUGUGGAUUUAGUGUUCCUUGCUUGUGGAUUAGAUACUAACCUGGUGGACCCUCCCCGUAGGUCUGGUUGUAGGUCUGGUUGAAGAUUGUCCACUGAGCAAAUGUCUGUUAAAAUUUGCAAGCAUGAUUAGGAAUGAUAAACUCUUUAUGAGAUGCAGAUUUCUCCAAUCUGAUAAGGAUAAGACAUUCUACUAAUGCUGUUAAUCUAAGCCACAUCCUGUGCACAAUGACAGCCCUGUUUACAUGUGUGAA